GCAUCGCGAGGAGGUGGUUCCGGAACCUCUGGAGUCUCCUGGUCCUGGCGCAGCCCGGGAGGGCUGGACAGGGUGAACCGGGUUUCUGUGAGAGGGGCAAGUGAAGGAGGAAACGGCUUUGUCCCCUCACCUCGCUCUGAAUCCGGCUCCGUUUUUGUGUACCUGAUGAGCAUCUGCACAUCCAGCGCUCAUUAGCAAGUGAAGCUUAAUUUUCUCACAUCCAAGGUGCUGCGUGGUCUGAGGCCUCGCUGUACUCUCAUAGUUUCUGCACUCUUCCAAGACCAGCAGAAAAUGAUCACAUCCCAGGUCAUCUCAGUCUCUGAGUCCUCAGCAUGUGGCAUUGUCCAUGGUCAUUAUGGAGGAAUACUUAAGGGAGCAUUGUCAUUCAGGGAUGUGACUGUGGGCUUCACCCAGGAGGAAUGGCAGCACCUGGACCCUGCUCAGAGGACCCUGUAUAGGGACGUGAUGCUGGAGAACUACAGUCACCUUGUCUCAGUGGGGUAUUGUGUUCCUGAACCAGAAGUGAUCCUCAAGUUGGAACAAGGAGAGGAACCCUGGGUAUUAGAGGAAGAAUUUUCAAGCCAGAGCUACCCAGAAUUAAUUAAUAGCAGUAGAACCUAUUCAAGAAAGGUGUUUAACAAAGGUAGAAAGUGGUUCCAUGAUGAAAAGCAUGAAAGAAUUCAUUCUGAAGAGAAACUUUAUGAAUAUAAUAAAAAUGAGAAUUGCCUUUGUCUUAAUGAAGAUUCUGUUCAGCAUCAGAAAAUUCCAGUUUUGGACCAACCUUUUAAAUACAAUGAAUGUAGGAAAGCUUUCCAUGAAAAUUCACUCUUUGUUAUACAUAAGAAACUUCACACAGAACAGAAAACCUGUAAAUAUAGGGAAUAUAGAAGAACCUUCUGUGAUAUAUCAUCUCUCAGUGCUCACCAGAGAACAUAUCCAAAAGGGAAUCACUAUGAAUUUAAUGAAUGUGGAGAAAAUUUCUUUGACAAAUCCAUUUUCUUUGAGCAUAGUGUUCACCCUUUGAGCCAGGAGUCAAACCUCAUUCCAAUUCAGAGAAUCCACUCAGUUGACAAUAUAAUUGAAUACAAUGAAUAUGGAAACUUUUUCAAUGAGAAAUUAGUCUUUGGUGUACAACAGAAUAUACACACAGGAGAAGAACCCUAUAAAUGUCAUAAAUGUGGAAAAACGUUCAACCAGAAGUCAUCUCACACAAGACAUCAGAGAACCCACACAGGGGAAAAAUCCUGUGAAUGUCAUGAAUGUGGGAAAACUUUCUACAAGAAUUCAGACCUCAUUAAACAUCAGAGAAUUCAUACAGGGGAGAAACCUUAUGAAUGUCAGGAAUGUGGGAAAUCCUUCAGUGAAAAGUCAACCCUCACCCAACAUCAUAGAACACACACAGGAGAGAAACCAUAUGAAUGUCAGGAAUGUGGUAAAUCCUUCUCAUUUAAGUCAGUCCUUACUGUACAUCAGAAAACACACACAGGGGAAAAGCCCUAUGAAUGCUACGAAUGUGGGAAGGCCUUUCUCAGAAAAUCAGACCUCGUUAAACAUCAAAGAACUCACACAGGAGAAAAACCUUAUGAGUGUAAUGAAUGUGGGAAAUCCUUCUCUGAGAAGUCAACUCUCACUAAACAUUUGAGAACUCAUACAGGUGAGAAGCCCUAUGAAUGUAUUGAAUGUGGAAAAUUUUUCUGCUACUACUCAGGUUUCACAGAACAUCAGAGGAGGCACACAGGAGAGAAACCUUUUAGAUGUAAUGAAUGUGGGAAAAACUUCCGUCAGAAGUCAGCCCUAAUUGUUCAUCAGAGAACUCACGUAAUACAGAAACCCUAUGAAUGUAAUGAAUGUGGAAAAUCUUUCUGUGUGAAGUCAAAACUCAUUGCACAUUAUAGAACUCACACAGGAGAGAAACCCUAUGAAUGUAAUAUUUGUGGAAAAUCAUUCUAUGUGAAGUCAAAACUCACUGUGCAUCAGAGAACACAUUUGGGGAAGAAUGUUAUAAAUGUAAUAAAUGAGGGAGAUCACUGUGGGUGAAGUCAGGAGUUUAUAGAAGGUAGAACAUAGAAUACAAAAUGGGGAGAAAAAUCUGUUAAGAUUUCAAGAACACCUUUGGUAUAAGGUCAGUUGUCACAGUACAGUAGAAAACUAGGGAAAAAAUAAUAUGAAGAUACUAUGGAUAUAGAAGACUUUUCUACUGGAAUUUAUACCAUACCAUAUAUCAAAAAGCUCAGAGUAGAGAAAACCAAUUGGUGAGUGAAUACAGGGAAUCGUUUGCCCAAAGGCAUACCUCACUAAACAUCAGAAAAAUCACAUGGUAGAACACUCUAUUAGUAUUUGUAAAGAAGACUUCACCCACAGGCCAGAGAAAAUGAAAUGCACAUACUAUGGAAGUUAGAGGAAAGCAUUUACUGUGAGGUGACUUUUUAUUGGAAUUGUGUGAAUACUUGCAGUAUCAUCUCAUCAGAUGGUAGUCAAUAGAAAUAUAGUUUUAAGUGGGUAGAGGCUUUACAUCAAACCUAAGCUUAUUAUACAUUAAUGAUUUUGAAAAUAUCUGACAACUUAGCCUCCUAGUAGAGUGGGACCAUGAGCUAAACUCAGCAGUGGCUGAGGCUUUAUAUUAGCUCCCCUACCUGAGUGGGGUGGAGGAACCAGCUCCAAGCCCUGCAAGGUUAUUCUUUUGUCAUCUUAACUCAGUCCUGUUCUGCAGUCCUACCUGGGCAAGGAAGCUAACCCAUAGCUCUACCCACUGCUGAGUACAAUCUCCAACUCUACCAAUCAGGAAACCUAACCAGAACUCCUGAGAAUCUCAGUAGAUGACUCUGCAUCCCUGAUUACAGUGGGACUCAAGCAGAUGGCCUAGCCAGUAGCUAUGUAGCUGCAGAACCAAGAAAGAGGCCCCAGCCAUCUAGGGAACUUAGUGUAUGGUUCUGACUGACUCAACACCCAAAGAACCUUGCUGGCCCUGAGGCCUGGAAAACCCCAGGCCUCAACUGGGGUCCCAUCUGACCAGAUAGGCUAAUUUACAGCCACACUGAAAGUUAGUACAGCUUCCAGCAUGGCCUAACAAGGAGGCCUAGCAAGAGCUCUUGGAAAUCUAUGUAUCCCAUCUUGCAACUCUGAUUAGAGCAUCAUGGGAGUGGAGAGCCCAUACAGUACCCAUUUGCAGGGUUAGGACAGUGGUAUAUGUGAGGCCAGAGAACCUGGUGCAUAGUUCUGCUUAAUUUGAUCCUCAAGAGACUUGUCAUGCUUGGAGCCUGUAUAGUGGCCCACUCUGGCAGGGAAAUUUGUAGCCCCUCCCAUUGCUGAAUACAGCUUUUUUUUUUUUUUUUUUUUAAGAAAAUCUAACCAGAGCACAAGAGAAGCUGCAUAGGCCACAAACACCCUUGCUUACAGUGGUAGUUGAACAGAGAGCACAGCCCUUGGCUUUCGUUAUCUGCAGGGAAAAACUGGUGGACCUUUCUCAUCAGGGAAUUUGCCAUACAGUCUUGCCUUAUUUGGAUCCCCAAUGAUCUGUGCAGGCCUUGGAACCUAUUCAUCACACCUCCCCUCAGGGGGAGAGAAAUUCAUUCAUUGCCCCACCUAACUGCCAAAUGAGAACCCAGGCAACAACAGAGCUCAUCCUGUAACCUCACUUGAGCCAGCAACCAAGACACCAUUUUCUAGUCAAAUAUUUUCAGCCAGAGGCACCCUCUCCUGGCCUUUAAGAUGAGGCAGUGACCUUUCUUCAAAACAGAUGAGGCAAUUGGGAGGAGCCCCAGUUGCCAAAGGAUGCUACCAGUUGACAUGCCCAGAAACCUAAACUGAGAUGAGUGGUCAAGAAAUGGCUUUACCAAAGUGAACCUGUAGAGUCUGGAAGAGAAGACCACUUACUCAAAUGUAGAUGCCAACAUAUAAAAUCAAGGAUCAUGGAAAAUCAAAUAAACAUGACAUCACCCAAGGAAACUUAAUGAAGCUGCAAUAACACCCUAAAGAAAUGGAGAUCCGUGAACAGUCAGACAAAAAAUUCAUAAUAAUUUUCUUAAGUUUAGUAAACUAAAAGAACACACAGAUAACUAAAGGAAAUUAGGAAAACAAUGCAUCAACAAAAUAAGUUAAAGAAAUCAUUUAAAAAAAUUGGAGAACUGAAAAGUACAACUUCACCGAAGAAUUUAGUUGAGUCCCAAGUCUCCACCAUGCUGAAACAAGAAUUGUAGAUCUAGCAGACAGGACUUUUGAAAUCUUUCCAUCAGAGCGACAAAAGGAAUAAAGGAUAAAAAAGAGUGAGGAAAGCCAGAUACCAAAACUAGGAAAGGACACCACAGCAAAGGGAAAAUAUAGGCCAGUUUCCUGUGAUGAAUAUAAAUGCAAUCAUUCUCAGCAAAAAUUAGGAAAUCAAAUUAAGCAGCACAUUGAAAGGGUCAUUCACUGCAGUCCAAGUGGGAUUUAUCCCUGGGAUGCAAGAUUGAUUCAAUAUACAUCACAGUAAUAGAAUGAAAGAAAAAAAAAACAUUAUUUCAAAAGAAAAAGUAUUUGACAAAAUUCAACAUCUGUUCGGGAUAACUCAUAACAAGUUAGGUAUAGAAGGAGUAAAGGCUGUAUAUUACAAGCCCACAGUCAGCAUCAUACUCAAUGGUAAAAAGGCUGAGAGCUUUUCCAAGAUAUAGACAAGACAGGGAUGCCAUACCCCACCUCUACUAUUCAACACAGAACUGGAAGUCCUAGCCAGAGCAUUCAGGCAAACAGAGAAAAAAAAAGGGGGGCAUCAAAAUAGGAAAGUAAAAAGUAAAAUUGUCUGUAUUUGCAGAUGACAUAAUUUUAUAUGGAGAAACUCCUAAAGACUCCACCAAAAGACAAAAAAACACGUUAAAUAUAAGCAACAAAUUCAGGGAAGUUGUAGGAUACAAAAUUAGCAUACAAAAAUCUGCAUUUUUAUACACUAACAGAAUUUUUAUAAAACAGAAAACUCUUCCCUUAACAAUAGCAUCAAAAAAAAAAAAAAAAAACGUAAAAUCUCCAUGAAAAUUUUGAGGUGAAA